GCAUGCGCUGCUAAACAGUACCCGGAUAAUGUAGUUUGUUUGUAUGACGUAAACAAGAUGGCCGCGCAGUGGUGUUUAUCUUAUUGAUUCACACGCACCGAUCACAGACAUGAAAAAGAGUCAUUUCAAUUCCUCGCAGUUUAUUUUCAGCGCGGAUUAUAGUCAUAUCGGGCUAUUCCUCUGAUUUUUCCGUUUUGUUUUUGUUGUGGUCGCGAGGACCACGUUUUAAACAUGUCUGCCAAAGUGGACACCGUGGAGAGAAGUGAGUCAAGUACAAAAAGCAGAAGUAGUUCUCACAGCAGAGGAAGAGAAAACCGGAAACGAGCAAGAAGCCGAAGCAGAUCGUCCUCCUCAUCUUCCAGUACUUCUUCGUCUUCCUCCUCCUCCUCCUCUUCUUCACGGUCUUCAUCCCGCAGUUCAUCAUCACGUAGUAACUCCAGCUCUAGUAGCUCAGAUUCUUGCAAAAAACAAAGAAAAUCUUCGAAAAAAAGGAAAGAUAAACAUGGCAAAAAGAAAGUGAAAAAAGAGAAGACACGUAAGCGGAAGAAGGAAAAGGGGCACAAAGGGCAGGACGACAGUUCUGGACCUGUUCAAAUUUCAAAGUAUCUUAAGGAAAAGAAGAAAACGGGCAAGUACAGUAUGAUUUCAGGGAAAAAGAUUAAAAUGAAAGUGAAAAAAUCAAAGAAGGACAAGCAGAGGGACAAAAACAGAGCAGAACUGCUGGAGUUCUUAAACUCCACUUUCUGAUUCAGUCCAGACCUGGAACUGCAGAAUCAGAUGACUUUUUUUCUUUUUUCAUUAUUCGCCUGACCGCCACUCAGGGAAAGACCAUCUUCAACUAUUAAUGUUGUUUCCUGAUGUCAUGUGUUGAUAGUUCCUUACCAACUAUGUGGAUGGCUGUCCUCCUUUUUAAAAUUCCAGACUGUGUCCUGAAAUUCUUAUUUUAUUUCUGAUUAACUGUACCCUAUGAGAACUGUAGCUUGGAUGUAACAUUGUUACAUGUUACUGAAAUUGUAAAGAAAAAAGAAAAAAAAAGUAUUCUUGUAUUCUGUUUUGUUUUUUGUUUUUUUAAAUGCUAACCUCAAGUACAUAAUAACAGAAUCAGUCCAGAUCUGUCAGGAAUUGUUCAGAAGGAUGUAAAUCAUGUCAGUUUGUGACCAGGGAGAUGAAGGUUGUAUAUCUCAAAAACAAUUCAAAAUUGAAACAACAUUGUAGUUGUGUUGUUCCAGUGGUGCAUUUCUUGUUAUCCCAUGAUAAUUUGUGUACUUACUGUGUUGAGCCAAAUGCAGAGGCACCACUAGCAGGUAGUUGAAAGCUUGUGAUCUGCCUUUGUGAGUUACGUGCAUCUGACCGUACUGAUGACAAAACUGUUAAAUAAAUUUCUGGUUUGUGUCCUUUA